AUGGAUCAAAGAGUGAUCGCAUCUAGAGAACACAUUGAACAAAUGGAAAGGGAUGUCACUAAUGCAGAAAUCAUGAUGUGUAUGAUGUUGAUGAAAGCACGUGAUUCAUUAUACACGGGAGAGCCUAUACGAGAUAGUAAAUUGACAGGACCAGAGCGAGUGAGUGAGGUCCUAAACGGACAUGUAGACAGAUGCUAUGAACAGUAUAAAAUGGAACGCCAUGUCUUCCUCAACCUUGAAGCAUUAAUGCGACAACGUGGUUGGUUGGAAGAUAGUCGAUAUUUAAGAGUGGAUGAGCAAUUGGCAAUGUUUAUAUCUAUUGUUGGUCACAACGAUAGGUAUAGAGACAUAGCAGAACACUUUCAACGUUCUCUCAACACUAUAGGGAACACUUUAAGAAAGUGUUUAACUGCUUUCAUACUACUGGGACAAGAGAAUAUCAAACCUCCAAACUUCAGUCGUUGCCCUAAACAGAUUCGUGAAAAACCAAAGCUCUAUCAUUUCUUCAAGGACUACAUUGGCGCAAUUGAUGGCACUCAUGUUAGUGCUUCUGUACCUCUACCCAAACAAAUACCGUACAGAGGGAGGAAAGGAGAUGCGACCUGGAAUGCUAUGUAUGCAUAUGACCUUGACAUGAAAUUCACUUUUGUGUAUGCUGGUAAAUAUUACGUGGUUGAUUCUGGUCAUCCAUCUACUACUGGGUUCUUAAUGCCGUUCAAAGGACAAAGAUACCAUCUAAAUGAUUACAGGAAUAGACAUCCAAGGACAACAGUAGAGCUAUUUAAUAAUAGACAUUCUUCUGUUAGGAAUUUCAUAGAGCGCAGUUUUGGUUCUUUGAAGAAGCGUUUCCCAAUUCUCAACAAAAUGCCAUGUUUUCCACUGAACACCCAAACAUGCAUCGUCAUUGCUUGUUGUGCACUUCACAACUUCAUUCGAGAGGAAGAAAUUGCAUAUAAGAAUUUUAAGGAGUUUGGUGAAAAUUAG